GAGAAGUCGGAAAAGAAAUGUACAUAGUGAAUAGAGGAAGACUUCAAGUGGUUGCUGAUAAUGGUCGAACCGUGUUAGCAACUCUCAAAGCAGGCUCUUAUUUUGGGGAAAUUAGCAUAUUGAAUAUGGGCACUGCAGGAAAUAGAAGAACAGCAUCUGUUCGCUCAGUCGGCUACAGUGACCUUUUUGUACUAUCCAAGAAGGAUAUGUGGGAUGUCUUAAAGGAAUAUCCUGCCGCUAGAGUCCGCCUUGAAGCAAUAGCAGUCAAGAGACUCGAGAAAUACAAGAGGGCUCCUCUUCAGAAAGGUACAAUAUUAUUUAUAUUACAAAAUUUGUAUUCAUAUAUUUAUAUUAGUUAUAUUAUACUGUUACUAUAG